AGCGGAAGCUCCAAACUGUUGAAACCUUUCAACUUUUUCCAUUGUCCCUCGACCUUCUCUUCCCAUUCGUGCAUUACUCUCGUCGUCUUUCAUCUACGCCGAUCGACAUCAAAUAUAACGCAGGCGAGCCAACGUGCUAACUUUCUUACGGGGAACCCCUACUUUCCUCGUAUUCAUCGAGUCUACCUACUCCACCGAAUUCUGAAUACCUUUCUAGUAGCUUAAAGCGACAGCAGGGCACGAAUUCCGUCUGUGCUGCAACCAAGUUCAACGACGGAGGAACCCUGCAAAUUUUCUUUGAGAGGAAAAAUCGAUAUUUUAAUUGGCGAGAUUUGCGCAAACUAGGGUAGAAGCGUCGCGAGUCGGCCUAUCUUACAUCUGUGGCACCAACCUCGCACGCCGAACAUCGUAUCCGUCAUAACCUACCUUCCCGGUCGUUUUGGUAUCGAUUGCAAAGCUCCUAAGAACUCUGGGUUUUAUUCUAGCAUGGCUUCCGAAGAUUCGGGAGACGUUCUUCCUCAGCAGGAUGGUGCUCCGGCAUGGGGCGCGGAUGGUUGGAACGGUGCUGAUGACCAGACUUCGCCCGACGACGAAGAUGGCGGGGAAUACGAUCCAGAAUCUGUUACUAUCACCUCUAUACCAGCGCCCGUCGUAGAGCGACCUCCUUCCGAAUCUCCCCGUCCAACUAAAAAACCCAAGACAGCGGGAGGCUUUAUUAUCGAGAAUUCCUCCGAUGAAGAAGACGACGCUCCUGCUCCAGCUCCUGUAUACGCACCGAACGCCCUGAAGGCUAUUCCCUCGGAAGCGCAAGGUCAACCCUUCAGUAGCCCACCUCUUCAGCAAAAUGUAACGCCCCAAGAUGCAACGAACAAUACUCCUCAGGAAAGCAAUGAGCCUGUUCCCUCAACUACGUCUGCGGCCGCGACUGCCAACGCGACACGCUUAAGACUCCCCGCCGACAUUGUUGGCAUUCUCGAGGAUCGUAUCAAAGAAGACCCCCGCGGAGACAUUGAGGCUUGGUUAGCCCUGAUCGACGAACAAAAGCGACGUCACAAGAUUGAAGAUGCGCGAGCUGUCUAUGAGCGCUUCUUCAAAGUGUUUCCCCAGGCUGCCGAAAUAUGGGUAGCAUACCUUGACAUGGAACUAAGUCUUGACAAUACUAUCGAAGCCGAGUCGAUCUUCACUCGAACGCUUCGAGCAAUCCCCGACGUCUCACUUUGGACUGGGUAUCUCAAUUAUAUCCGCCGUAGAAAUGACCUCAACGACACGACCGGCAGAGCGCGACAAACAGUUAGCCAGUCGUACGAAUUCGUUCUCAACAACAUUGGCCAGGAUCGAGAUGCAGGAAGUAUAUGGCAGGACUACAUACAGUUCAUCAAGACGGGGCCCGGUCAGAUCGGCGGUACGGGUUGGCAAGAUCAGCAAAAGAUGGACGUCCUCCGCAAAGCCUAUCAACGCGCCAUCUCUAUUCCCAUGGCAAAUGUCAACUCUCUAUGGAAGGAGUACGACCAGUUCGAGAUGGGGUUAAAUAAGAUGACGGGACGGAAGUUCCUUCAGGAACGAUCGCCAUCGUACAUGACGGCAAGAAGCGCCAAUACUCAUCUCGAAAACAUCACGCGUGGACUCAAAAGAACAACUCUACCUCGUUUACCACCGGCUCCUGGCUUCGAAGGCGACCAGGAAUAUCUCGAACAAGUUCGAUUGUGGAAGACCUGGAUCGCUUGGGAGAAGAAUGACCCACUCGUCUUACAGCCUGACGACUCUAGCACAUAUCGACAGCGGGUUCUCCAGGUAUACAAGCAAGCAUUGAUGGCAUUGCGCUUUUGGCCAGAAAUGUGGGUCGACGCAGCUGAGUGGUGUUUCGACAACAAUAUCACCAGCGAGGAUGGUCAAGACGCAGGCCUCCAAUUCCUUAUUGACGGCCUUGAGGCAAAUCCUGAGAGCUUCCUAUUGGCUCUCAAGCACGCUGAUCGCAUCGAGUCUACACAAGCCGCGCGUGAGGAUGAUGUCAACAAAGCUGCUCUCGUGCAAGCAGUUCGAGAACCUUGUGAUCGAGUUCUCGAGACCCUGUAUGGAAUGGCCAAGAAAUUAAAGGACCAGGAAACCGCAGCUCUUGCCAAGAUUCGUGAAGACGCAGCCCUCGAGUCUGCCGCCCCAGGGAACGCAGACGUGGACGAAGAAGACGAAGGGGAGAUUCAGGAGAGGCCCUCCACAGAAGCUAUAAAGAAUGCUAGGAUUAAGGCCAUACAGGAUGGUUUCGGCGUUCAGAUUCAGAUGCUAUCGCAGCAUAUAACUUACGUCUGGAUUUCCCUUGCGCGUAUUUACCGAAGGCUCCAGGGACAGGGGCAUGGUAGGAGCACCCCAUCUGUCGGUUUAAGAGGGAUCUUUAUCGAAGCUCGACAGAGAGGCCGCCUGACCAGCGAUAUCUACGUCGAGGUAUCUAAUAUGGAGUGGGACAUCUACCAAGACGCAGUCGGUACAAAGAUUUACGAGCGUGGCGCAAAACUCUUCCCGGAGCAGGAAGACUACUUCGUUGAAUAUCUAAAACACCUUCACGCCAAACGCGAUUUUACGAAUGCCCGAGUUGUCUUCUCCCAAACUGUCAAGCGAUUCAAGGAGAAACCCGAACUCAUCCCUAAAUUAAAACCUAUAUAUGCAUAUUUUCAUGGCUACGAGGCCCGAUACGGCGAGUUAGCACAAGUCAAGGAACUUGAAAAGCAGAUGGCCGAGCUAUUCCCAGAAGAUCCGAGUCUCACGCACUUUGCGGCUAGAUUUGCCACAGACAGAUUCAACCCUAUCACCGCUCCAGUCAUCAUUUCACCGGCUAAACAGAUGCGUCCUAAGGCUAUUAUGCAAUCUGUUGAACAGCGAUCUGUCUCUCCUCGCAGCAGCCCUCGGCCCGUGCCGCAGAUCGAGCGAAGUCCCCAGCCGCAAUUCUUGCAGCCCGUCAACUCACCUAAACGCCCAUAUCAACCCGACGAGCAGGACGAAUACCCACCCCGCAAGUUAGCUCGCGGAGCUUCGCCCCUUAAAGGCGCGGCCGGACGACGACUCGAUCAACAACGGCGAGCGCAGCAAGGCCAAGGCAUUUCCUCGCAUAUUAGCGCACCUACCCCUAUUCCCAGAGACCUUACUUUCCUCAUCGGCCUGCUUCCUCCGGCAGAAAGUUACCACGGCCAUCACUUUUCUCCGGAUGGAAUGGUACGCCUAGUUCAGAGCACUACGGUGCCAAGCUUCGGCGAGUGGAAAGCCCAGAAAGAAGGCGCCUCGCGUAAUAACCAGUCAAGUUCGUCGACUGCGCAUAUUGGGCAAGCCUCGUCCGAAUAUCAACCCUACCAAUAUUCCAGCCGAGAUUCACCGGGUCCGUCCGGUCGACCCGCCAGUCCUUUCGGCGGAAUGAACCGUGGUAUGCCCCAAGCAUCUGCGCCGUACCGUAAUUCGCCACUUCGCCCCGGUUCGAGCGGAUCAUACGAACCGCCGCCGCCGGCUAUUUACCAAGCUCCGAGCGCCAGCCAGUUUAACCCGUUAGCGCAGAACCUCAUUCCUGGAAACACCGGCUUCCCAGGGUGGCAAGGAUACGCCCCCCCUACCCAGUACAGUAUGGCGCCAACCCAACAGCACACCCAGCAGUACGGCGGAUAUUAUCAAUGAUAGACUCGGCAGAUUGUGAUGACUAGUGAUUAGGUUGGUCUUCCCACCAGCCUAAUGACCCUUUUUGUCGACCGGAUCGAACGACUCCUACCCAGUUAUGGCGUUAUAGGGAGGAAGCCCGCAUAUAAUGUCUUAUGGCUAGUUGCAUUUUCUGGCGUUCCCGUUCUUCAUCGGGAUUGGUCGAUAGUUUGGAGAGGACGGGUCCUAAAAAUGGAUUUCUGUUAAGCUCCUUUGUGACCCUAGGUUAGAUCUUCACCUAUGAACUUCAGUUCCUAGCAUAGGAAGAUAUAUCAAACGUCAAUAAUAGUCGAUUUUGCAGAUGA